UCUCUCUCUCUCUCUCUCUCUCUCUCUCUCUCUCGCUCUCUGUGAUAUGAUUUGUAUAUGAGCAUUGGAGCCGACGGUUCUUCUGUCGGAAUGCCAGUGCUACAGGAAUUAGCUCGCUUCCACUGAUCACAGAAAACAGAGAGAGACCGCGAUGGCUUCAAAAGAACUCGCCGUCUCCUGUUUCGUCAACGUCAGCAGGGAAAUAACAGAGAGCAUCAAGAAAGUGCUGGAGAAGCCUUCCAUCAAGUUCGUACGCGGCGUGAAGCUGGACACGAAGAGCGGCAAAUCCGAGGACCGGAUUCUGGUGCUGACGGCAUGGAGGCUCUACCUUCUUGCGGCCAAGGUGCCGACAAAGGUCGAAACAACUUUCAACUUCUUGGAGAUUCGCGCAAUGAACACUCACCCCGAGCAGCAGGUUGUCAUAGAAACGGACAAGUCCACAUCCUCCCUGAGGCUCCAGUCACGUGAUCACCUUGAUCAUGUGAUCAGCCACAUCAACUUUGCCCUCUCUCGAAUCUUCAACAACUCUGUGUUUGCUCCAUCCAUCUGUCGGUAUGACGGGGACCCCUCUGACGGGAACCGGAAGUUCUCCCCGAGCUCAGAGACUUCUGUGGAAACGCAGAGAGCUUGUGGGGGAUUCUCAGAGACCUAUGCAGCGUUAUGUGACUACAAUGGCAUCGGGUGCAAAGAGGAAGUGCAGUGGGAUGUGGACACCAUCUAUCACUCUCAGGACAACAGAGAGUUUAACCUGCUCGACUUCAGUCACCUUGAGAGCAGGGACCUGGCAGUGAUCGUGGCCUCCAUGGCAUACAACACCUGGUUCACCAAACUCUACUGCAAGGACCUGCGCAUAGGCUCUGAGGUCAUAGAACAGAUCUUGCACACGCUCAGUAAGUCCAGCAGCCUGGAGGAGAUCACUCUGGAGAACGCUGGACUCAAAGCAGACUUUCCUCAGAAAAUGGCGACGGCUCUGUCUGAAAACCCUGCCUCCGUCAUCCACUCCCUCAACCUGGCACACAACACGCUGGAUAACCAGGGCGUCUCCAACCUCAUUCAGCAAGUCUGUCGCCUCAGCAGAGGCCUCCGGCUGCUCAACCUCUCCAAGACCUCGCUGUCCUCCAAGGGUGUGGUGGCUCUCUCCCAGGCUCUCUGCUCCAGUGAUGAUUACUCAAACUCCCUCCUGCACCUGGACCUCAGCCGCAACCCAGGGGUGCUGUCUGGGGAGGACGCCACGAACCUGUAUCUUUUCCUGGCACAGCCUAACUGCCUGGUGCACCUGGACCUCUCUGGAACAGACUGCGCCGUGGAUUCGUUGUUUGGGGCGUUACUCAGGGGCUGCUGUGCUGAUCUCUCCUACCUGAACCUCUCCAAGAACUCUUUCUCACACAGGAAAGUACGGGAGUCUCUUCCGUUGUUUCGUCAGUUUUUCAGCUCGGCCUUCAGUCUCACACACCUCAGCCUGGCGUCCAUGAAGCUGCCCCUCGACGUGCUCAGGGCUCUCUUCCUUGGCUUGUCCUCCAACCCUCACAUUACCGACCUGCACCUAGACAUCAGCAGCUGUGAGCUCAGGUCUGCUGGUGCAGCAAUGAUCCACGAGCUUCUCCCCCGGAUAUCCUGCAUCGGAACCUUAGACAUUUCAGAUAACGGGUUAGAUGCAGAUCUGCUCUCUGUUAUUCCAUCUCUCUCUCACCACCCCUCCCUGAAACACCUGCUGCUGGGAAAGAACUUCAACAUCAAGAGCCGGGUUCUGGAUGAGGUUCUGCAGAAACUAGUUCAGCUCAUACAGGAGGAAGAGUGUGGCCUACAGUCUCUCUCGGUGGCCGACUCGCGGCUGCGUUCUCGCGGGACGGUUCUGGUGAACGCUCUGGGCUCCAACGCCUGCCUGCGCCGGGUGGACCUGAGCGGGAACAACAUGGAGGACGUGGGAGCCAAGAUGCUGAGCAAAGCCCUGCAGAUCAACACGACACUGAGGAGUGUCACAUGGGACCGUAACAACACCACGGCAACUGGGCUCCAGGAUGUGGCCCGAGCUCUGGAACACAACUUCACUCUGCAGUACAUGCCCCUCCCCCUCAGUGAUGUCACCCAGGCCUACCGCGGCUCCUCAGAGAAGACUGAGCAGGCGCUGACCAAGAUCCAGCGCGCUCUGCUGAGGAAUAAUCAGACUCAGAGGUUCUCUCAGAGGCAGGCCCUCCGCCUCCACCAGGGCCUGGUCACCAGCACUGCUGAACAGGUGGAUGGAGAGUGGUGUGAGGAGCUAAGUCAGUCCAGGCAUGCUGCGGGUAGACGGGUGUGUGUGUGUGUGUGUGUGUGUGUGUGUGUGUGUGUGUGUGUGUGUGUGUGUGUGUGUGUGUGUGUCGGUGUGAGUGUGUGUGUGCGUGUGCGUGGGGUGCGUGUGUGUGUGUGUGUGUGUAAUAACCUCUCUCUCUCUCUCUCUCAGCUCUACCCCUCUCUGUGUGAGCUGGCCCACGUGCUCUCAGUAGACGGGUGUGUGUGUGUGUGUGUGUCUGCAUGUGUGUGUGUGUGUGUGUGUGUGGUGUGUGUGGUGUGCGGUGUGUGUGUGUGUGUGUGUGUGUGUGUGUGUGUGUGUGUGUGUGUGUGUAAUAACCUCUCUCUCUCUCAGCUCUACCCCUCUCUGUGUGAGCUGGCCCAUGUGCUCUCAGUAGACGGGCCGGUCAGACAGAAGCUGGACUCGCUGGCAGGAGAACUGGCCAAAGCAGCGGACAAAGAGCUGCAGGUGAUCGUGGACUCCAUGGUGUCGCUCUGUCGGGAGCUCUGCCCUCUCUCCUCCUCGGCGGCCGAGCGCCUGACUCCACCCCUCUCCUCCGUCUCCGAGCGCGUCUCUAUCCCUCGCUCCACCAUCCGCUCCGCCCUGAUGGAGAGAGCAGCACAGGACAUCCACCGAGCUCUGGAGGAGGUGAAGCUGUCGGUGGUCUCCUAUCUGACGAACUCCAUAGUGGAUCAGAUUCUGCAGGAGCUCUACAGCACACACAAAGCCCUGAGUCGGCAGGUGUCUCAGGUGAAGCCCUGGGAUGAGACCGGGACAGGGAGGAGAUCUCACAGACACCGAGACUCCCUGGACAUCACUGACGAAGAGCUGGGGACCAGCAUCGACACUAUUGCUAUAAAGAAGAGGAGCUCCAGGACAAGACGAAUCCGCCCCGUGUCCACCAGACUGAGUCUGGGUGAUGACUCCAGUGCCUCCCCUCCGUCUUCAGUACCGCCACACUCCGCCCCCCUCUCUCGCUCUGCAUCAUGGGAGUGUCUGUCUGCCCUGCCUACCCAGGGUGCACCUCUGCAUCAUGUGACCAGGGUUAGGCCGAGGCCACCGCGGAAGCACCGGAGAGGACACGCCCCUCCUGAAGCACACUGCACAGAAAAUGGAGCCGUUACUCCUCUCGAUGAUGGACUGCCUGAUUUUUAUACCAAGAGAGUCCUGCCUGGCAGCCAGCUUUCAUCUCUUCACCAAGCUCAGUCCUUCAGAAGAAAGAAGAGACGCAGUAUGCUGUCAAUCUUUGGUUUCCGUAGGAACCGCAACUCUACAGUCUCCACUCAGGAGUCCACGGCGGCGGCAGGUGCCUGUGGAGAGGAGCCCAGGACAGUGGCGUCUGCUCCCAGCAGUUCUGCUACAGAGAACAUAUACGCUAUCCCCCACCGUGCAAGGGAUUGUGGGAAAGCAGAUCCCCCCAGGGAUGAGGCUAAGGGAAAAGAAGAGGAACAGAAGGGGGAGGGCCAGCUGGAGGCUAAACCAAUGCCUGGGGUGGGGGGAGGCAAAUCCCCCUGCUUCUCACAGAAAGAGGGAUCGGGGCAGGACACGGAGACAGACAAACCCACAGACCCAGACGGGCCAGCAGACGAGCCGGAGGAGACGGACCAGGGCGGGGACGACCGACAGACGGACAGACAGACGCCACACCCGCAGACUGAGGACCAGAGGGGCCCCAGGACCCCCGUGGACGUGCUGGCUUCCCCGGGGCCGGGGCCGGAGACGGAGACGGACAGACGGACAGGGGCCACGCCCACAGAGGAGCAUUGUGGGGACAUCGCGAGCGGGCCGAGGCCAGACCCCCCGCCGCAGAGCGCCAAGCCCAGCCUGGCCCAUAUGAGGCAGCGCCACCUGCAGCAGAGCUCGGAGUCAUCUGUGGAAGGAGAGUUAGCAGUGGGGAGAGAGAAAGAGGUGGAGGAGGAGGAGGAGGAGGAGGAGAGAGGUAGCAAAACAGAGGGACAUCCUCCUCCCAUCCCUGAAAAGCCUGUUGACCUUAAACUAAUCAGCAACAGGAGUCCUGUGGACAAGCCCACUGCUGUGAUGUCUCCAAUAGAGGCAGCCAGUGAGAGAAAGAUCCCGCCUCCUGUGCCUUCAUCCCUCACCAAGCCUGUCGUGGGUUCAGUGGACAUGGCUGUCAAUCAAGAUGAAGAGGGGAUGAAAGGUGCAGUUCCUCUGAAGCCCCAGAGGAACAGGAAGUCACACUCGUGUGAUAUAGGCUUUGACAGGGACAGCUCUGGCAUCCCUGAGAAACUGUCUGACCGCAAGCCCCCAAUGAAAAAACCCAGACUGCCCCAGAACAGAAACAAAUCCCUGGACCUCCCUGGUACUUCUGCUGGUAAUGGAAGUCGAGAUUUUGGCAACAGUGAGGCCUCAUGACAACAGUGGAGGCCGCUGACAGUUGCCAUGACAACUGUGGAAUAAGGGGGCGAGAAGGAGAGUGAGAGAGAGAGAGUUGGAGGGGUCGGUACAAUCAGAAGUGCACUGAGCAGAGAUCACACAAAAACACAUCUGUUUCUCUCCUCUCUCCCUCCACCUACACACACACACACACACACAAGUACACAUAUGCACGCACAUGCACACACACACACACACACACACACACACACACACCAUGUUGCAAUGUCUGGAGUGGCCCUGAAUCAGGUGGCUAUUGGCCACCAUCCCACUCAGUGACAUCACAACCAGAAGGACAUUCUGGAGUCCAAAGAGCCCUGUGAUUGGCUGUUUCCCUCUGUUGCUUCCUCCCCUUUUCACUGUCUCUCUGCUGGCAAACUGUGAUACCGCUGCAGUAUGAGCAACAUAAUCAUUAUCAUAAAAAGUGUUAAUAAUAUGUGCAUAUUUUAUGACAUUUUGCAACCUUCGCUCGAAUCAGUUUUAGAAUUACUGUCUGCCUCUUAUGCCUUACGGAAAUUGAAUAUACUGAGGUGUAUUGUAAAUAAAUAUGUGGAUUGGUAUUUUGAGAAUAUCGUAAUAAAUAUAUUUCACAGCAGAUAUAUACAUACAUACGAAAAUACAAUGAGCUCUACAAUGUUUGGACAAAAAGAUAUUUGUUUUCUUGAUUUGGCUGUGUGCUCCACAAUUUUUGAUUUGUAAUCAAGCCAUUCACAUUUGAUUAAAGGGAACAUUCUCGGCUUUUAUUGUUUAAGGUAUUUUAACACACUUUUAUUUUACCACGUAGAAAUUACAGCACUUUUUAUAGAUACCAAAAAUACCUGUACCAGUCGGACAAGUGUUUGGGACUUUUUCAUUACAGUGAGAAUUCUUCGCUCAUCAACUGUAGUGGUCUUCCUUCGCCUACAUAGGCCCUUUGCAAUUACUGAGCUCUCCAGUGCUCUUUCUUUUUAAUGAUGCUCCAAGAAGUUGAGUUUGGAAAGCCUAAGGUUUCGCCUGUGUCUUUGAAUGUUUUUUUUUUUCCAAUUUCUCAGACACAUAAUGGCUUCCUUGACUUUCGUAGCUCUGGUUCUCAUGCAGACAAUUGCCUAUCACAGACUCCAAAAGGCAAUCACAAGCCAAGAAUCAAGACUAGAUACUGAACGCUCUCUAAUACCUGCACUGAGGAAGCAAUUAAACACACCUGAGUAAUCCGAAACACCUGUGAAGCCACCUGUUCUAAACAUUAUGGUGCCCUGAAAUUAUGGGAUUCUAUAGAAAAGGCACCGUAAUGUCUGCAUGGUGAAACCAAAAUGUAUAGCAAAACCGUUUGAUAAAAGAUGAAAUUCUGCACCUGCACAUGUGAAUUGUUCGAUUACAAAUCAAACAUUGUGGAAUUCGGAGCCAAAUCAAGAAAUAAUAUGUCGUUGUCCUAAACAUUAUUGAGCUCACUGUAUAUAACAAUUAAUUUCUGAGAGGCAACAAUUUGUGUAUUUGCCCAUACAUCAUUAACUGUUGCAAUACCUUGAUAAUAAUUACGUUAUUUCAAUAUAUUUUAUGUGCAUUCUGUUUUCAUAAGAACUAUUAUUAUUAUUAUUAUUAUUAUUAUUAUUAUUGUUAUUAUUAUUAUCAGGUUUGCAUUGAUGUUUAUGUUAUUGAUCUGUGAUCAGUGUCAAUAUAGUUUGCUGUAGCCUGAAUUUGCACUGAGUUGUUGAUAAUCCUUGUCUGAAGCGAGAUGAUUUAUAUCUUUUGGCUUUUCUGGACUGAAAUGCAAUAUAUUUUAUAAAAAUCCGUGUGAGAGGAUGAAUAUUAAUGAAUAAAGAGGGAGGCUCUGUCCUAUGGUCA